AAAGUAAACUAAAAGUGUCUUCGAAGCCCCAAGGCCCCAGUAACUCUCUCUCCCACCUUUCUCGUUUGUUUCCGUAUUUCUCCCCAAAUUUAUUCCCAUUGUUUUUUUAAUUUUUUUUUUUUUAAUUUUCCUCUGCAAAUCGGGCACAUUACGUCCUCUAAUUAAUUUUGUUUUGAAUUAGGGUUCCCCACAAUGACAUAAAAAUUUCCCUCCAAUGAAUAUCAAUCUAUAGCUUCCUAAAACCUAGGGUUUUCUUUUCUUAAAUCAUAUCUUUUCAAUCUCUUUUUCCUAUCUUUCAAUCAAGAUUCUACUGGUUUGAUCCCAUUCUGCCCUGUGAUUCUACGAUCUGAUCAUGGAUUCUUGGGAUUCAACGCAAUCAACCAACGCCAAUAAGUCCCCUGACGACGAUGGCGUUCUUUCCGUCUCUGCCACUCUAGCUAAAGAAGCCGCUCUCUACUUUCAGUCUCGCAAGUUCGAUGAGUGCAUCGAUUUACUUAAUCAGCUCUUGGAAAAGAAACCUGACGAUCUUAAGAUUCUACAUAACAUUGCAAUUGCGGAAUAUUGCCGGGAUGGUUGUACAGAUGCAAAGAAGUUGCUUGAUUCACUUAAUAAUGUGAAGAAGAGAAGUGAAGAACUUGCACAUUCAUCUGGAGAACAUGUUGAGAAUUCUAGCAAUCUUGGAAACAAAGCUAUUUUGGCUUCAAAAGGCAGCGACGCAUCAGGUCAUCAAUUUUCUGCUGCAAAUAGUGGCAGUUUCGUUUACAUGGAUGAAUUUGACGCUUCUGUGGCAAAACUAAACAUUGCGGUUAUCUGGUUUCAUCUUCAUGAAUAUGCAAAGGCAUUAUCAAUACUAGAACCUUUAUAUCAAAAUAUUGAACCGAUAGAAGAGACAACAGCUCUUCAAAUUUGCCUCUUGUUGCUUGAUAUUGCUCUUGCAUGCCAUGAUGCAUCGAGAUCUGCUGAUGUUUUAAUUUACUUGGAAAAAAUUUUCGGUGUCGGUUGUGUGAGUCAAGGUGACUCUGGAAGCAUGGCACUGCAACAGUCCGCUAAUCUACUUGCAAAAUAUUCCGCUGUUCCAGCAGGUUCAUCAGUUGCAGAUGGUUCUAAUUCAGAUUUAGCUGCUAGUGUAAAUGCCUCUGAAAGUCCUUUAACAAGAACUUUAUCAGAGGAGACACUUGAGGAUGAUACAGUGUUGGCAUUGUCAACUCUGGAGAUCAGUGGUCAGAAUUUAGUGAGGCCGAUUGGUCUUUCAUGUGUAAAUGAUCUGUCAAGGACCCUACUUGAUAAAUCUAUCUCUACUGUUGAUCUGAAGCUCAAGUUGCAACUAUACAAGGUUCGCUUUCUUCUUCUCACUAGAAACCUGAAGCAAGCAAAGCGCGAAGUCAAGCAUGCUAUGAACAUUGCACGUGGGAGGGAUUCAUCCAUGGCUCUUUUCUUGAAGUCCCAACUUGAAUUUGCUCGUGGGAACCACCGCAAAGCUAUUAAGUUGUUAUUGGCAUCAAGUAGCCGGACAGAGAUGGCUAUUUCAAGCAUGUUUAACAACAAUCUUGGUUGCAUUUACUACCAAUUCAGCAAGUGCCAUGUAUCAUCACUUUUCUUUUCCAAGGCACUAAGUAAUUCUGCAUCCCUUCGGAAGGACAAGCCUCCUAAGCUAUUAACUUUCUCCCAGGAUAAAUCUCUCCUCAUAACAUAUAACUGUGGUGUGCAGUAUCUGGCUUGUGGAAAGCCAAUAUUAGCUGCUCGCUGUUUCCAGAAGGCAAGCUUAGUUUUUUACAAACGGCCUCUCUUGUGGCUUAGACUUGCUGAAUGCUGCUUAAUGGCUUUGGAAAAGGGACUAACUGUGGCAGGUUGUGCUCCAUCUGACAGAUCAGAAGUGAGAGUUCAUGUAGUUGGCAGAGGGAAAUGGAGGCAUCUUCUAAUUGAGGAAGGUAUUUCUAACAAGGGGCAUGUGGAUUCUGUAGAAAAACAUGACUUACUUUUUGGCAGUGAUGCGCAGCCGAAGCUUUCUUUAUCUCUUGCACGGCAGUGUCUCACUAAUGCCUUGCACUUAUUGAAUUUUCCUGACUCAAAUUAUUCGAAGUUUGGUUUGCCCCAUAAUUCAUUUGUGGAGGGAAAUGAAUUCAGUGAAUCAGCAUCGUCAAAGUAUUCAAACCACAAAAGCAUACCUGGAAUUGAUUCCAAGAUACCAGUAGGCUUAGGUCAGGUUACUGCAAAUGGGGAUGCCAAAGAGCAAAAAGGAGGGACAACUCUGGAGAUCAUACAGAAUUCUGUGUCUUGUUAUGAGGAUAUUUGUAGAAGAGAAAUCCUAAUGAUUAAGCAAGCUCUGUUUGCAAACUUGGCAUUUGUAGAGUUGGAACUGGAAAAUCCUGUGAAGGCCCUCUUUGCUGCAAGGUCUCUCUUGGAACUCCCAGAUUGUUCGAGAAUUUACAUCUUUUUGGGUCAUGUAUAUGCAGCAGAGGCACUCUGCUUACUGAGCAAGCCUAAAGAAGCUGCAGAGCAUUUCUUGAAAUAUCUGUCUGAAGGUAAUAAUGUUGAUUUGCCAUUCAGUCAAGAAGACUGUGAACAAUGGCGAGGGCAGAAAACUGUUGAUUGUGAAGAGUUAAAUGGGGGAUCGGUGUCUGUUAAGAAUUCUUCCCCAGAGGACUGUCAAGAUAUUAUCUUACCAAAGCCAGAAGAGGCACGUGGAACCCUUUACGCAAAUAUUGCUGCAUUGUAUGCAGUGCAAGGAGAACUGGAUCGAGCCCAUCAGUUUGUGACACAAGCAUUGUCCCUGUUACCUAGAAAUGCAGAAGCCACCAUGACUGCAAUAUACGUGGAUCUCAUGCUUGGCAAGUCGCAAGAAGCUAUUGCCAGGCUAAAACAGUGUAGUCACGUGAGUUUCCUCUCCAGUGGUUUACAAUUGAGUCAGUCUUGCUGAGGUUGUACUAGUGGUUUUUAAUUUGUGUCUUGCCCAACCUCUCUUGCUGCUAGUUAGAAGGUAGAUCAGCGAUCCUUCUAGAGGAUUUGUAACAUAUAUAUAGUUCAAUUCAGAGAAUAAUUUUUUUUUUUCUGUUUUUCCUUUUAAGUUUGAUCCCAGGUUUCAUUAAUCCAUGGUGAGGCUGAGUAUUUUGGUAAUAGCGGAUGCCCCGCUUUUACUUUUGAGAUGUAGUUGUGGUUCGGAUUUAUUGUGUUUUAGUGGCUAAUCCAUUUGGUAUUCAA